UCUCCUGUCUUAGAAACUCGGUUCCUGCUCCACUGUUGGCAGAAACAGUUUUCGCCUCAGUUGAUAAACAUUGGUCACACCGAGAGGAUAUAGCACACACUUCAGACCAUUUAGCUGGAAAAUUGUAAGAUGUUUUUAAUAAUCCAGGACAAGUAUUAUGAAAUAUUUUAUUAGAUUUGUUGCUUAAGCGUAGAUAAUAACUUACUUUAAGAAAAGUCACGUGACGACCAUGGCGGACAGCGAUGAGGACAGUACACCGUCCCCACCAGAAGGGAAACAGCCAGAGCUUGGGCCAAGGAUUGUGACAAUUACAAAGACUUCUACUGGAUUCGGCUUUAAUGUCAGAGGACAGAUCAGUGAAGGAGGAGUAUUGAAAUCCAUAAACGGCGUUUUGUAUGCACCUCUCCAACAUGUCAGUGCUGUGUUAGAGGGCGGAGCAGCGCAAAAGGCAGGCAUUCGAAAAGGAGACCGUAUUUUGGAAGUGAAUGGUAUAAAUGUGGAAGGAGCAACACACAAACAGGUUGUAGACUUUAUUCGUUCAGGAGGAGAUACACUGACUCUGACAGUUAUAUCGGUGCCAGAACAAGUCGCGGAGAAAUUGGAACCCAGUGAUGACUCUUCAGGUCCUUCAUAUAUUGACUACUCCGAGCGGCGCUCUUUGCCAAUCUCUAUUCCAGACUAUCAUUAUGUGGAAAGUAAUAAUGAAAAAUAUGUGGUCUUUAAUAUUUACAUGGCUGGGCGGCACCUGUGCUCUAGGCGUUACAGAGAAUUUGACAAUCUACAUCAAAGCUUAAAGCGGGAGUUUCCAGACUACACAUUCCCUAAACUGCCAGGCAAGAAACUCUUUCAGUUGUCUGAACAGCAGCUGGACCAGCGACGCAGGGGCUUGGAACAGUAUUUAGAGAAAGUGUGUGCUGUACGAGUUAUUGGUGAAAGUGACUUAAUGCAAGACUUCUUGGCAGCAGGCGAGCUGGAUGAUGAUACUAACAGUGAGGUGGAACUGAAAGUGCUGUUGCCAGACAAGACCAUAUGUGUUGUCACUGUCCAUAGGAGUGACAAUGCUGAUUCUGUGUAUAAGGCUGUUGCUGCUAAAGUUGGCCUAGGAGAGGCUACUAGUUAUUUCUACUUGUUUGAAACUGUGGAAUAUAAUUUUGAACGUAAGCUUCAGCCCCAUGAGCUUCCACACAACAUCUACAUUCAAAACUACAGUACAGCGACAGCCACAUGUCUGAUGCUCAAGCGCUGGUUGUUUAGCCUUGCACGGGAAACAACCCUCAAUUCAAACGAGAAAGCCCUUGGAUUUUUCUUUUGGCAGGCAGUGGAAGAUGUAAACCGUGGUCUUCUGAAAGCCACAGACAAGCUAUAUGAGUUGAAAGCCUUGCGUGAAGCAGUGAAAAUGCUGGAGUACCUGAAAAUUGUUCGGCACUUGGAAGGCUAUGGAGAGGUGGUCUUCCCACACUGUUCAUGUGACUCUCGAAGAGAUGGCCAUGUUAUCGCUAUGAUCGGGCUGCAGUGCUUUAAGCUACAAGCUUGCAAGGAAGAUGGCACUCCAGAGGUGCAAGUGAUUGAAUUUGCAUGGAAGGAUGUCAAAUCGUAUGAGGUUGAUGAGGAAGGGAUGUCUUUCAAUUUUGAGUAUGACAGACCCGGAAAGAAACCCAGAUUAGUCAAAAUCUUCACACAAUAUUUUUACUUCAUGAAUGACUGUUUUGAUCGCAUUUACGAGGAGCUAGAAUGGGAGACAUAAUGAGACUGUGAAUCCUGUACAGACACAAGAGUUGACUGAAAGUGCUGGCUGGCAAGAGUUGCCUGUUUUAGAAAAUUUGUCAGGCACCUUCACUAUAUUUGUACAGUUUUGGUUUUUUUUCAGUGCUGCGUAUCUGCCUCUAUCCAAAAACAAUUAUACCUUUCAGGCUGAGUGGGAUUCAGAUGCAAUUUACAGACAUUGCUGUUAAGGCUUACAUUGCCUUUCAGUGAAAGAAUGCAAAAUCUUACACCAAGGAUAUGCUGCUCGAGUGUUUGCUGUGAUCAGACAUUGAACACUCUGGACAGGGUACAAUCCUUCAAUUGAUGAAAACCUGCUCUCUUGACGAGCACAUGUUGUUCACGACAAUUUACCUUCUUGACCUUCAAACCAUUUGCUCACACAAUGCCAAAUUCAUUUUUAGACACAUGUGUUAGGCAUGUUUUACACAGAGCACCAAGCUUUUGUAUUUUAAAACAGAUUUGAGCUUGUCCAAAUUUUACUUUUGGAGGGUGACUGGUAGCUGUUAAGCAUGAAACAGACUCAGCAAGUCUGAGAUCUAUUUUUGAAAGGCAUUCCUGAAGAGCGUUGGAAGUAGACUUAGAUUAUUAAUCAGGAUUCAUAUUUAAGCCAGAUCUUUGAUCAGUCAGCAUACAACACUGAAGAACUUUUCCAUGAUUGGGUGCAGUUAUAUUGCGCAGGAAAAACAUUGCAGCUGUUGUUGAAACUUGUAGCUGUGGUUUUAUCAGGUUGUUCAUUUUUUAUAGAAGUAUACAUGGAAAGUACAUAAAGAAAGCACUUAUUAAAGCAAGAAAGAAUACAUUGUUGUGGUAUUUCAACAUUCUUAAUUUAUUUUGAGGCAUUUGUCAUUGAUUCUGCUGUAGACACUUGUGAUUUACUGUGUAAUUCCAUUGACCAAAGGUGGCAUGUGGACAUUGUGUUAAUGAAUUGACAAGAAGAUAGGACAUCGCAUGAAGUAGGCUUUUUAUUUAUUGUCCUCAUAUUACCAGUGUGACACAUUAUUGACAUGCAUUAUCAAUUAUCAAUACUCACAAUAUUUCAGACAAGUUUGUUUUUCUAUAGAUUUAAAAAUGUGCGAACUCUCUAGGUUCUAAAGGCUCUUUUUUUGCUGUCUUCCUUCUUAAGCUUUCUCCUUUCCUUUCACCAAAGCGGUGUGUUGUGUAAAUUCCUGUUAAUUUGUGUUGUUGAAUUUUACUGAAAGAUUGGGGUUUUUUUUUUUUCUUUUGCACUUUUCUCUGAAAUAUUUUGAUGCAUACACUUGCCUUCAGUCUCUUGGGAUUGACUUAUUUCUCUUUUUCCGCUCAUGUUUUAUUUUUUUCUCAGACAUGACACCUCUUGCCCGCUUGCUUGAACACAGUAUUACAUUAUAAAUAUUUUUGGCUAGAAAGAAUGAAGAUUUGCUGAAAUGAGCAUUUUCAGUUUAUGAUUAACAUUUCGGUGUUUUGCGUGUAACUUGAAAUGUAUAGCAAAGAAUGAGCUUAACCUUUUCUGCAUCUUUCUGUGUACACGAUUAAGAUUGAUUCUCUACUUUCUAACCAUGCAGAGUGGUGUCCCUUUUGUGCCAGGUUACCAGUCUGUCUUGAUAUUAUUGUCACAUGGGUCUUGAAAAAAGGGUAACAGACAAGUACGACCAUGUGCAGGUUAUUUAGGGUAUCGUACACCUCAUUCCCUGCACAUGGUCACUGAUGCAUCUUACAUGUGAUGAUGCCAGUUGGUGUUCCUUUUCCAUUCAUCAGCUGUCUCUCUGCUUUUCAAGAGUUUGUGGGCCAUGGCACAUCGUUUAAAAUUGGCCUUGAUGUUUGAGAUUAAAACCAUGAAGGCUAAUUGAUGUUUAAAAAAAACCACACCCAUCUGCAUAUAGCUAUCUUGGAAAGAAACAAAGAUUAGUAUGAUGGGGAUUGCUACUAAGAUCAGGGUAAGCUGACCUGAUGACGUGUUCUCACCAAAAGCUGGAAGUAGUCCAUUGCAGACAUUACGUGAAAAAAUAUAACUUUUAUCCAAUAUAAGCUUAUAUUAAAACACACAAUGAAGGUUAGUGGUUACAUAGAAUGUAUGCAGAAACUUAUUCCAGUUAGAAUGACAACUUUUUUGUUAUACUUAAAACGACAGAAUGUGUCAAUUUGCGUACUCUAACUACAAUGCUGCUAUUCUGUUAUACCUCUAAUUUAGUGCAAACAGUCACACAACACUGCCACAGCACCAGCCUUCUGUUGCUGCUUUAUAGUUACAAAGCUUUUGCUUAAACUAAAUCAUAAAUGUUUUUCACAUGCUCCAGCAGCAGUUAAGCUUCGGGUUAUACUCCAGCAGCCAUUUAACUGUCCCCAACUUCAGUGUAGUUAGACAACAGGAUGCCAGAUAAAAGUUGGUUGCAAUCUUAACCAAACUGCUACUAUAUGCUUCUUGUCCAAGCAUCCUGCUUGGCCAAAAGGUGUUAGGCUCUCAAAUGAAAUACUAAAGAUUGAAACUGUACAGUAUACUUUAACAGGUAUUUGGCUCUGUACAUUACAAUAAGUUUUUGUGUCAGUUAAUUGAUGCUUUCGGCUGGCCCAGGUAUAGGGAGCUGUAUCAUAGAUUCCAGUUUAAAAUUGACAUUUGUUUGCAUAACUUCGUAGUCAGAUUUUUUUUCUUAAAGUUCUUAAUAAGUUAGCAGGCUUCAUUGUUUCAUUUGUGUCAAUUGACACACCAUCUUUCUAGUGUACAUGCUUAAAGUUAGCAGUUAAGUAAGAGGUGAUAUUUGUUGUAAAUGGGUCAGGUGGGACCAACUAGGCUGUAGUGAGUGGGUUUCUGUCUUCAGUUAUAAAGGGGAAAUCACAUGAGCUUAGAUGAGCACAGGUGAAAAUGUACAGUUAGACAGGGAAGUAGUUGAGAAGGGAAUUCUUCAUCAAAAAAAAAAAAAGAGAGGAAAAGCAGUUUCUGCAGCAAGUUUAUUUGCAAGCCUCAGCUGAACUAGUCAGCAGACUUUGCCCAAAGAAGUAAACCAGUCUCAUGAAUAGUUUUAGAGGGUCAUGUAGAAUGAAACUAAGAGUAAAAAAAAUGUGACCUGUCCGUGUCUUUGGGACCUGCUUUUGUUGAAAGGAGUCUGGCUGUGCAGCAAUGAAAAAUUUGUCACUAACACACUGGGUGGAGUUUGCCUUCAGCACAUUUUCUUAGUAUGAACCUAUGCCUGGAGGAAUCACUUGGAUAAAGCCUCAGUUGCUGGCGGUAUAAAAUGCUACCAGUUGUUGUUGAUGAAAUGGUACAUCCAAGAGGCCUUGCUUGUGAUAUUUAAGGACACAGAUGUUGAUGACCCACUCAUCAAGGCUACUAUGUAUAUUGAUCUAAUCUUGGUAAUCCUUCCAUUCCAGACAUUUGCAAUCCUACCUUAAAUGUGAAUAAAGUUCAUUAGGCAUUUGCUUUUGGCAGUCAUGUUUUUUAGUACAAGAUAUAUUCAAGGCCAGUACUAAAUGUUCUUGCAGGAAUGUACUGCUGUGAUACCAGAAACUAGAUUUCAGCAAGCUGACAGUUCUCUGUGUUUCUGGACAAGUUUGAGUUUGAUGAGAUGCUCUCAAACUUUUUAUCUCUCUGCUCUCUCCCCAUUUUCUCUAAUUCUGAUCUGUUAUGGAAGCAAGAAAAUACUUGUCAAGAUUUUAAGAAUAUUCUGUUAAUUUGUGUAAAGGUGCCCUGCAGCAUUCCUGUUAUCUGUGUUCAUGGAAGAAGGCAAUUAAAGGAAAGCAUUGAUAUCCAUUCUUCCAUCUAUUAUCAAUGACUUGUAUUAUUCAAGAAUUACAUUCUUCAAGGCUUAGAGGGGAACUGGUAUGCGAAAACCAUGUAGUUGCUUUUAUAAGUUGACAGUUUUCUCUCAUCUUUCACCUUCUUACCUAGUAUUUUCAACAGAAACCCCAUGUGUGUUCUUUGGGAAUUUGAUUUUUGUUUAGAUUUUCUAGGCCAUCAGAGUCUUGCUGAUGCUCCACCCUUCUAGUUGGUUCAAGAUCAUUCAUUUGAUAGAAUGUUUUCUUGUAACCAGCUGGUUAGCUCAACUGUUUAGCAGAAGAUUGCUUUUAGGUCCUGCCUACUGAGCAGAAAUGAGAAAUGGCGACCUGAUACACUAGGAGAGAGUAGGAGUUUGCCUUCCACAUGUUCUGUUCUUGACAAGAUGAAUGUGAGUUAUGUUCAGAUGCAAUAGAAGGUAUCACUACAGGUAUAUAUUAUCAAUACAACAAUCAGAGCUCAGAGAUUUAUUCCCAUUUUUUAGAUAAUUGUAUUGCAUAGCUCAUAACUGCAAAGAAUAUUCAUGUAAAUUUGAUUGGACCACAAGAAAAUGGCGAAAAACUGGGUGUGAAAUAAAAUUGAAGCUGCAAUUUGUUGUGAAUGUAAUGUAAAUCAAAAGAAAUGAAACGCAUUUAAAACCUUUAUUGAAGAAUUUGAACCAUUCAUUUAUGCCUUCAAGAACAUUUUCUAUUUUUAUUAAUGCUCAAAGAUAUUAAUUUUGUAAACAUUUUUCAAAUGUUUUAAUGUUUGUAUUCAACUGUGUUUCUUUGUUCACAAAGAAGGGAGAAAGAAACUGUUAGAGAAAAGUCUUUCAAUAUCUUUAGAAACGAGAUUUUAGAUCCCAUUCAUAGCUGAUAGCAUAUUCUUGAGUGGAAAAGUAGUACGGUAUAAUAUUAGCCUUUUUAAGUGGAGGGUUGUUAGGUGGAAAAUUUUCAGAAUGACUGCGCUUUCUGCAUAGCUGCAUAAUCAGACAAUUUAAAUUGGCUUACUGUUAUACAUAUGCAUAGCGUACAAGAUUUUCCUGUAUUCUAUGUUUACAAAAGCAAUUAAUGUGCAAUUGUCAUUUUCAGGUGGUGAAUCUUGUGUAGCCUGGAACAAAAAGAUUACCAAAAUGUUUGUGUGUGAUUUAGGUGUUGGGCAUGUGAUAUGUACAACUCUAAACAUUGAUAUUUGAUACUUGAGCAUUGUAUUUGUAUUGUUUUAUAUCACUAAGGUAAUGUUAUGGUCAGCUUAAGGACUUAAGUGUUGACAUGUGAUCCUUGAUAUCAAAUCCUUUCAAUGAUAAAGCGCUUUUUUAUAAAAAAAAAAAUCCACCAUGUCUUUGAUUUUGAAUCUGUAAGGUGGUUUGGGGGUAGGGGGCAGGGGGGCUUAAAGUAAAAGAGAAAGUGCACUGCUCGUUUUAAAGCUAAAUGCUAAAAUGUCUUCACAUUCUGAAAAUGAAAAAUUAAUUGAUUUCAUCUAUUACUCCAUAUUUCUUGCGACUAUUGUAGUGCUGGACUGGGGGUGGGGAAUAUGCUUUGGUAUUUGUCAGGGACAUCUACCUUUGCUCUGACUUGCAGUUUCCUUCUUCUCCUUUCUCAGUUAUCUUUUUCACUUGGCUGCUUAGAACAGGAGUAGGGAACCUUUUUUUCUGCCAUGGACCAUUUGAAUAUUUCAAUAUUUAUAACAUUAUUUAUGGGCCAUACAUAAUUAUCAACUUAAAAAUCAGCCUGCUAUAUUUGGAAAAGCCAUAGUUUAGCCGCAGUGUAUUAAUACUUUCGCAGUGUGUUUACUCCAAGGCUGCCUAGUCCUUGACGGAGCGGACCUUCACCACCCCUGGCUUAAAAGAAACUUGAGUAUAUGUGUCUUAUGAUUAUGCUUUUUUUGCUGCCACACUUGGCACUGAUAAUACCACAGUCCUUAAGCUUCAAGACAUCUUAACACUGCAGCAUAUCCAGAUCAUCUAAUAGCAGUUUUUUUAAUAUUUGAACAGCAUUCGGCAAAACAAUGCAGCUGAGUAUGAAAGUAUAAGUCAAGGUCUUGAGGUACUUUUGAAACAGGCAAGUUAGCAACACUUGUAGGGUCAAAUACAUCCCUCUGAUUUGAAAGAAGAAUGUUGUGAAUGAAGGACUUGAUGGUUGGUCGGCAAAGUAGCUAGAUGAAAAUUUUUUUUGAAAAGACGUUGAUAAAGAGCACAACAGUUCCAGCUGCAGGAGUGUAGGAGAGAAGCUUGGAUAAGGAAGAAUGGUUCAUUGACCCAAAGAGAUGGUCUGUUUGGACUUGUGUUCUUUCCUGGUUCAUUAAGAUGAAAUGGAAGAAUAGACUGCUUCCACAGGUUUGGUAUACAUACAUUGUCAAUGCUUGUUAUAUAUUGUGUUUUAAAGUCAAACUAUAGAAUAUUUGGUUGUGACAUUGGUGUCACAGGAAGUAAGGGUGCUACAUCUGGUGCAGAUGAUAGUAUUUAGGUACAAGAAUUCCACAGCACAGAACUUUUUGACAUGGGUACCAAAAAAAUGUACUAAUGGUCAUAAACGAAAAUCUUAACUCAGCUGUUACGGCCAGAUGGCCCAUUUCAGCAAGUCUGGUGAUGCUGUUCAUAUUGUGUAGAAGCAAGUUGUUUAGAUAAGGGAGAAAAUGAAAUUUGGCUGCAGCAGUGAAUGUAAGUGAACAUGGUGGUAUAUAUGAAACAGAACAAAUGUACAUGACAAAAGGAAUAUUCUAGAUAAGAUAUAUUACAGUGUGUGCUUGUCUUCUUCAACUAUUAUUUUGAUAUCAGGCCUAAUGUUUUGCACUGUAUAUAUUCUUGUUGUUUUUCAAGUAGAGGUACUGUUAUGUAUACCUUUGUCAUUUUAAAUAGCAUUACUUAUACAAAAGCAAAAAUCUUUUGACAAGGAAAUUACUGUAAUGUAAUAUUUACAGCUUGUAUCUAAUACACUAGUCUUCAGCAGCCAAAUACUAGAAAUAAAGCUAAGGUCCAGAGCAGUUAUAAAAGUACAUUAAUAUUGUACAUGUAAACAUUCAUAUGCACAUGCAUGUUCCACACUAUUAUUUUCAUUCACACUCCACAUUGUGAACAAAAUUAUUAAUGCUCCACCACUUGGUGGAUUGAAAUAGUAGACAAUGUGACCAACUAAUGCCAAAGAGAUACUCUCUUUAACUAAUACAACUGGAUAAAUAACUAGAUAGUAAGAGAUUCAAUAACAGCAAUGACUAUGUUGUGAUGUAGCUUACAAGUUCCUUGCAAUAAAUGGUUCACUAGCAGGUCAACGUGCAGUACCAAUAAAGAGAGCAAAUAGGUUACCGA